CAAAAGCGUCGUACAAGGCGAGACCUGCAACAGACCCUGCCGACAGCAUCAAUCCAAAUCUACAGCAGCAUGACCACCACAUGCGUGACCUAUUAUGCUUUUGCAGCUGCCAUGAAGCGAAUCCUGCGCCCUUACGCGGGGUACGAACCAGCCAUGGCACGGAGCGAUCCCCGUCUUUCUGUUGCAUAUAUCUUGGUAGCAUUCGCAGCCGUUGGUUCUCCUGCUCCAAAGUCGCGAUGCGCUCUUCCAGCCUCUUCACCUUGCCCUCAAAGUUGACCCGUAGUCCACUCACGUAGAGCCUCCGGAGCGGGUAGCCAAAGUAUUCACGAGAGUCACGGGAGAG